UAUUACUUUGUCGUAGCAAAAAAAAAUAAUAAUAAUAAAUUUUGGUAUCUUUAAUAAUUUCUACGAUUUACGUACCUAAAACCAAUUUAUUUUAUAACAAAACAUAACAAUAUACAAAAAUAAAAAAAAUUUGUAUUUUCGUUUAUUCUUUAAUGCCUUGCAGCAAGACGCUGUAUUUAGGGGUUAGGGCUUUUGAUGAAGUUAAAACCGAAAGCAAAAAGAAAAAAUCCCAAUCAAAAACCUCAAAAUCAUCGACCAUGAAAAUAAAAUCAAAAUCAUCCAAGCUUGAACAGAGAAACAAAAAGAUCCCACCUUUACCAUCAUCGUCGUCUUCUUCUUCAAACCCAUCGGAGUUCGCAUUCGCCAUAACCAGAAUCGCAGUGUCGCAGAUCUGCCAAUCAGUCGGCUACAGAAAAACCCACCUCUCCGCCCUCGAAACCCUAACCGACAUCGCCACCAAGUACCUCCGCGGAAUCGCCGCCUCCGCCUCCUCCUCCGCUGCAUCCUCCAACCGCACCCAAUCCAACCUCUUUGACAUCGUCCAAGCACUCCACGACCUCCACUCCGUCCAGGGCUUCCCCGGCGCAUCCGAUCUCCACCGAACCGACUACUGCUUGCUACGCUCCAGUGUCCUUCUCGAGAUAACCAACUUCGUCAGGAACACCGUCGAAACCCCAUUCGACAGGCCGAUUCCACGUCGAGAGGAGGAUCCGACCGAGCAGAAGAGGAUAUGUGAUGGCUGCUGGAGAAACCAUACCGGAGCUCCGCAUGUUCCAAGAUGGCUGCCGGAGUUUCCAGACCGGAGUAAAUGCGGGGUUGUUGGGUCGGUGGUGGAGAAGCGGAGGAAGGAAGAGGAGUUGUGGGAGAAUUCAUUGGGAGAGAGCAAGAAUGGUGGUGGGAGUGUGAUUGAAAAUGGGGAUGUUGUUGGGGUGGUGGUGAUGAAGAAGAAGAGGGAAUUGGGGGCGAAGAGAGGGAAAGUGAGGUUUAGGAUUGGAGGGAUUGAGGAGGUGAAAGAGAGGGAAGCAGGAGGUGGUGUUGGUUUGGGUGUGAAUUUUUCGAGGAGUGGGGUUUGUAGAGGAGGGAAAAGAGUGUGUUUGGAUAGUGAGAAACGUAGAAAUGGUUGCGAGAUAGAAAAAUUUUCUGUAGGAACUGAAAAUGAUGAUCAUGAUGAUCAUGAUGGUAAUGUUGUUGUUGGUGAAAGAUAGCCCAUUUUGAUAGAAAUUGUAAAGGAGGGAAGAGAUAUAGAUUUUGUUACACGUAACAUUGCAUAAUUCAUAUCCAUUAAAAAAAUAUUCGAGGGGAUUUCACAUA